UCCAAAAUUAAAUGCUACGUCUUUUCUGCUGUCGCUACCAAUGUUUGGACAGCGAAUUGUUUGCUUGUGGGACCCACAUCGCACAAAGAAAGCCGGAGUCACCAUUCCCUCAUUUGCAUUAAGCGUUUCAGGCCAAACGCACGUAAUGUCGAAGCUAAUGUUCAACAAGGACCGCCGUAAGUCCAGCAUCAACUUCGUGAACUUCCGACGCUUCCAUUUUCUGGACAGAAGCCGCGAGUCCCGUCGCCGCAUCAACCACCCUCCCACCGCUCUAUACAGCACGAUCGGCGAGCGCGUGCGAACGAGCACUCCUUCGGCUCUCCAGUGCGCACUGUUUUGUGGAGGCUCCCGAUGCCAGUAUGAGCAGCCACAGCCUCGCAACGCUGCUGUACAAGGGCUUUAUUCCGACUGGAUCACGGACGACAUUCUGGCGAUGGCGCGGCCGAGCACCGCGAGCAUCGCCGCCAGAAACAUUAUUCAACAGUUCCACAGCUGGGGCAUCCGCACGGUGAUCAACCUGCAGACGCCGGGCGAGCACGCCAGCUGCGGCCCGCCGCUCACCAAGUCCGGGUUCACCUACGACCCCAACGUCUUCAUGGCCAACGACAUAUACUAUUACAACUUCGCGUGGCCCGACUACGGGGAGGCGACUCUGAGCGGCCUGCUGGACAUGGCCAAGGUGCUCUCCUUCGCCCUGCAGGAGGGCCGGGUCGCGAUACACUGUCACGCAGGUCUAGGCAGAACCGGCGUGCUAAUAGCCUGCUACCUGGUCUACUCUCUCCGGGUGCGCGCCAACGACGCCAUCCGGCUGGUGCGCAAGAAGCGGCCGCGGUCGGUGCAGACGUCUGGCCAGAUCCUCUGCGUGCAGCAGUUCGAGCACUAUCUCCUGCCGCAGACUGUUGUGUUCAGCUCUAAGUGA